AUGCCUGCACCUUCGAAGAAAGACCGCCGUUCCGAGGAUUCGGACCUCGAAGCGGAGUCACUCAUCCUCCACCGCCUCUCCACCGACGCUUCUGGCACAUCAAGGAUCCAGUCUGUCGGCGGCACAAGCACCACACCUCGCGUUACAGAUGCAUAUGAUGAUCUAGACGAGGACUACGAGAUCAAGGACAAGCGCGAAAAGCUACCCGCACGUGGCGUGUUGGAAGACUCCAAUGGCUCGACGCGCAUCGACAAGACGGGUCGACCUGCGUGGCUUCGUGGUGUGCUCGAGGGCGAUGUUCCGGGGAUGCGCGGUAGGGGAGCAGGUAUGUCUGCGUCGAUGGCGCAACGCAACAGGAAACAGCGAGCGAGGUGUAUGAAGCUCAGCAUGCUCGUUGGUGGCGGUCUGCUGGUGAUCGGCGCGUUUGCGUUUGCGCUUGGGCCCAAGGUGGGUGUUUCACCGCACGCCAUCUACGACUAUAUGGGAGACAAGUGGUACGGAGACAGUGGUGUGAUGCCCUUCGAGUUCAACAAGCCUGUGGGGUAUCCUGGCUUCUACACAACAGGAGUUCCGCCCGACUUUGCAGAACACAUGACGAGGACAGCAACCGCUCCAACACAGACCGUUGGAUCGUCACCGAUGCAAACAACCAUCCCGGGAUUUCAAGAUGCCAGCUUCAAGCCUUUCGAGCAUAUGGGUCCGUUGACACCCUACAUCUCAUCGUCAGGGUGGGGCGUCGACGAUGCAAAGUACGCCGGCACACCCACCACUUCCUCCGGCAAGACGUGUCAGCUCACUCAAGCGCACAUGCUGCAUCGCCACGGUGCUCGCUAUCCAACAGCACACGGUCCUCCUGAUGUCCUGCGAGACUUCCUUCGACAGAACCCAAAUCUUCGAUACUCGGGCAGCCUCUCCUUCCUGAACAGCUACAAAUUCGGCGUCGGCGAGGAGCUCCUCACCCCCGUCGGUCGCGGUCAGCUCUACGACUCCGGUGUCAAAGCUGCCCUGCUCUACGGCAAGCUAGUCGCCGACGACCUCGCCGAGACGGACGCCAACAAGAAGCCCAAGACCCUCUUCGCCCGCGCUGGCAGUCAGCAGCGCAUCGUCGACUCCGGUCUUGCCUGGCUGAACGGCUUCUUCGGUGCCAACUGGACCGACAGCACCUCGUUCGAGAUUCAAAUCGAAGAACCUGGAUUCAACACCACCACUGCUCCCGAAUUCGCAUGUCCCGCAUGGCGCAAGCCCGAGAACAAUCCUGGUGGCGCAAUGGCCGACAAGUGGGCCGCCGCCUACCUUCAGGACGCCGUGUUUCGUCUCGGCCCCAACUUUGGCGGCGCAGCGCUCAACUCGACCCUCCUCUUUGCCAUGCAGCAGAUGUGUUCGUACGACACGGUCGCUUUUGGGUACAGCGAUUUCUGCGGCUUGUUCACCAAGCAGGAAUGGUUGGACUACGAGUAUGCGUGGGAUUUGAAGUUUAUGAACGGAAACGGGGCGACGUCGCCUUUAGGGAGAGGGUACGGGUUGGGGUGGGUGAACGAGUUUGUUUCGAGGCUGACGAGCAAGCCUUGGGAUCCGGCGGUGCAGACGUCCGAGAAUUCUACGCUGGAUCUCGAUGCGACGACCUUCCCGCUCGACAGGCGGUUCUAUGUCGACUUCACACACGAUUCGACCAUCACCUCCGUCCUAGCUGCCCUGGACCUGCCGGACUUUGACGACACGUUUGCAGUGCCAGAUGCAGGCAAGGGCGUCGACGCCAAGCGACACUUUAUCACCAGCAAAGCGGUCCCUUUCGCAGCGAGGUUUGUGGUGGAGGUGUGGAACUGCGGAGAGGAGUGGGUAAGGUUCAAGUUGAACGACGCCGUUGUUCCGCUCGGCCAGUACAAGGAUUGCGAGAAGAGGGCCGAUGGGCUGUGUAAGAAGGAGAGCCUGCUCAAGGCGCUGAGCGGGAGGAACAGCAAGGGUUGGUGGGACAAGUGUCGGGUGUAG